AUGCUAAUUCAGAAACCUUCAACCUUCUGCAGAUGUUCUGUUAUGAAAGCUAAUAGAAGGUUUUAUUUUGUUACAGAUAUAAUUGAAAAUGAAUCAAUCGAUGCAUCGAGAAUAAAAAGAGAGGGUGUCCUGGAUAACAGGGCGUUUAAUACAAACGCCAUAGUAUUUGAUAAUACUCCAUGGAGACCAGGAAGAGAUAUAGAUAUCAAUAAUGGAGCUGAAGAUGAGAGAAAGUUGAAGAACUUAGCUACAAGAAUUAUGUCUAACGGCGUUGAGGUUUUAGUUAGAGAUAAAAGUUCAGACGGAAAACAAGAGCAGCGAAAAAAUAAAGUUAUGCAAUUAUAUUCAUCGAAAACAUCAAAACUUCACGAGAGUUCAACGCUACCAAAUAAAUCGCUAUUAUCUUCAGCCGUCGCCACUGUUGUAAAUCGUCAACAAAUGAGUGCUUUUUUUCCACUGCAUCAACUAAUGCACCAUAACUACAUUAUAAAAACGUGUAUGACCACAUACACUUAUUUAACUACUGUAGUUCAAAACAAAAGGAGCGCUAUAUCAACGUUUGAAACAAUAGUUUCAGUGGUUACUACAGAAUCACUUACAAAUCUUUACGCUACCGAUGUUUUAGCUGACUUGCAACCAACAAAAACAAAAUACAUGGAAGUAAAAACUAUUCAUCCCUCAGCAGUCAGUAAUAUGUUUUUAAAUAAUAUGCCAAAAAUAGAAAAACGAAUUGACAAUCAAGAAGAGCAUAGUUUUGAUCUCAUACAACCAUCUGAAAUAAGUCAUGCUCCGUGUACAACCUCUUGUCCUUGCAGCCAUUCAAAAACAGAAGGUCUAAAAACUAAGUACACAAACUUGAAGCAAUCUUCAAGUUACGCCCCGGAUAAAUAUGUUUUAAAAAACACUAAAUAUGGUGGUACAAAAAUUGACGUGAGACCAACUCAAAAAGAAUCUAUAGAUCAAACAGUAUAUCACCCUUACGAAUACGAGACUAGUUCUCACACACCACCCACAGAUAAAAUUGUCGAGAAAUAUACUCAGGUCACUGAUUAUUCUGAUGAAAAAGAUUCUAAUUCAGUAGAAACAAGUGAACUUUUGACAAACGAACAAGCUCCUCCACCAAAAAUGAAUAGUGUAUCUGGAAAUAAUACUUCUAUAAAAAAUAAACCAGAUAAAACACAGAAAGUAAACAAAAAUAAAUUUGUUAUGGCUGAACUUAUAAAAUUAGGUUCAUUAGGUAUUAAAAGUUUAUCACAAUUAGCACCUGUUUUUGAGAAAAUGACUGGUGGCUUCAUGAAGCGCCAAGAAUCAAAUAAGACUGCAACUACUACAACAACUAUUAAACCAAAUAAACUUUCCUCGUUUAUUGCAAGCAAGAGGGUAGAUAACGAUUUAGAAACAAAAGGAGGAAAUUUUCCAAUAUAUAUUCCUGUCGAUGACAUGGAAACUUCUGAAUCUCAAAUAUACUUUAAAAAUGUUACUUUACAACAAAAUUUUGCAUGGGGAACAGAAAACAAACAUUCUAAAGCGCAUCUUGUGAAGCCUAAAAUAGUUUAUGAAAGUCCUCUCGUCAAUGGUGGUAUACCUAUUAGCCCAGGUGAAAUUAUAACAGCUAACUCAGAUGUGAUCGUCGGUAAACCUGCAGUUGGAGGACCAUUAACUUUAGCUGCUAGUGGAAUUAAAUUACAAAAUCCUGUACAUCCACCUAUAAUAGACAAUGUUGUUGUAAAUAAUAAUCAAUAUAUAGUAAAAGAGAAACCCAUGAAUGAUCAAUCUACGCUAGGUAUAAAUACUGAUGAUUCAUUUGAUUUAAGGCCACCAGAACUGCCUAAAUUAAAAUCAAAACCAAAUAAAAAUCUGAUUCGUCCUGCUGGAGGUCACUCAAUUCAGCAAAAUGCUCAACAGUGGCUACCACCUACUUCACAUAUAACUAAUGAACCCAUUAAAUAUUCAGGAAUAGUAAAAAAUAAACAACCUCUUCUUGUUAACCAUGGUAGACCAGCAUUUUUAGAUUUCAUUCCUUCUUUAAACAAGGCUCCACAUAAUGUUCCCAAAGAACAUCAAGCUAAUUAUAAACCUAUUUCUGAUGGAAUUCAGGAACAAGAAAUUCCAGAUAAUAAUCCAAGUUCAUCCGAAAUAGUGAGUUCUAAAAUAACAACAGACGGAGAAUAUGCUGAUAUUCAAAUUCCUAAUUCUGAAAAUAAACCGUUUUUAGUCGAUAUACAACCCUCGAGAGUAGCUAAUGUAUUAAUUCCUCAUGGAAGUUCAACAGCUUUAGUCUUUGCUGGCUCUACAGAGCCUCAUAAAACCGGAGAUUAUAUUGAUGACCCUUUACCAUAUCCAGAACCUGGAUAUUUUGGAAGCUUUAGUAUUGAUGCACCACAUAUGACCAACGUACAUAAUGUAAUUCUUAAUAAAAACCAAUUUUUCGUAAAACAAGGCGUAAAAUCCACAUCUGAAUCAUAUGUAAAAAAUGUAACCCCACGCCCAUUAACUCAGAAAGAAACGGGAGUUAAUAUCGACCAAAAACUAAAAUGGAAUGAAAAUAAACGUCCCAAAGACUUCGUGGAUAUUCCUCCUCCAACAAGCAAUCAAGAAACUCAUAUUCAAAUUGGCCCACAAAUUACAGCUUAUAAUCCAGAAAUAUAUAAAGCAGACUUUGAAAAAAAUAAUAAAAUGAAUAAAAAACCAAAAGAGGGAAAAGAUGUGAUUGAUAGAGAAUAUGAGAAUUAUCUUGCCGUUCCACCACCACCCCCUAAAAUGCAUUUUAAUCAAGACAUACGUUACGAUAAAAAAAGGUAUCAACAACGACCUGCAGUUCAUACAAAACCUGUUCAAGAUAGUAAUACCUUUUUAAACAUUCAGCAUCCAAUACCCAAUCAGUUGCCCCCGAAAGUUACAUCAGAAAUUUAUUUCGCUUCUCAGCUACCAAAUAAUCAAGCAAGUCCAACAUAUACAUUUAAGAUACCUCAGUCUUCGACGAGUGGAACUAAUACUCAAGCGAAAUAUCCAAAAACCCCUAAUAACCAGAUACAUAAGCAAGUAACUUCUUCAAACACAGCUGAUAAGUCUAUAAUAACGGGCAAUAAUAAGGAUAAUACUUAUACAGUGACAUUAAAUACUGCAACUAAUGUGGCAAGUGCAAGUAAUACUGGGCAUAUUGUAGGGUCGAGUAUAACGGUACCGAUAACCACUACGUCUCUAAAUGGACAAAUAAAUGCAAAUAUACCUAUUGGGACAAACUUUGCUAUAAGAGUAGAAGAUGACCCAGCUAAGUAUGAAAGUGUAGCCUUACACGGUAAAAGACAUCCAUCACUUACAUUUGAUAAUCACGAAAAUGUGGCUAGCGAAAAUAAUUAUGUCUAUAAAGGAAAUAAUUUUGAGUUUAAAUCUAAUCUAACUCAACCUCAGACUUCUACAAGUGAGAUUAAGACUAACAUCAAUAAAAAUAUUAGGGACAAAACAAUACAUAAAGGGCAUAGUAACGUACUAGCGCCGUCAUUAAACAGUCAUGCCAAUUUCCCUAUGAUCAACGAAGAUAGAAAUUAUUAUGAUAAUGUCGAUUAUGCUAUCAGUAAAGAGAUUGAUUUUGAUAAUAGACCUUCAUCAUUUGUUCCGGAAUUCGCAAGUAAUUCUCAUGGAUGGUAUGCUAGCGUUCUCAAUGAUGAUAAUAUUAAAAAUAUUAAAGUUGAAGCAACUACUCGAAAAAUAAUACCUCUGAACUUUGACAAUAGUUCUAAUAAUUUGCCAGAAUUCGGAGAAAAGAUCGCAACGGUUGGAAAGCCACCAGCGGAGUUUUGGAAUGAAAAGAAUAAACAAACAGUUAAUAAUUUCAGUGUAGGAAAACCAUUUUCUAAACCAGAUGAAGGAUCAAAACCAAACAUUUUGCCUUUUACGAUUCGACCCAACUAUAUACCCUCUAUUUUCAGCAACACGCAACCUGUAUAUGAUAUUCCCGUAAGAGAUAAUAGUGAGGAAACCUCUACUACAAAAAAUAAUAAUUCGCAAUCAAAACCAGUUUAUGAAACAGCUGAAGAAAUAUACGAUGGCGAAGAAGAAUCUGAAAGUAAUAGUGAAGUUGAUGGUGAAGUAAGUUCAGAAUCUAUGAAAAUACCAAUUAUUACCCCAUCUUCUGAUAAAAUAAACUUCUCAAACAGCAAUUCUGUAUCAAUUUCCGAAUCAAACCCAAGUCAUAAUAAGCCGACUGAAGUUGUACAGUUAGUUGACUUUAAUCCUGGAACGCAAACAGAAAAGCCAUUCAAUUCCAUUAAUAAAACUACAUUCCAUUCAAACAAUAUGGUACCUAUUUUUGAACAUAAUUCUUAUAUGAAACCAAGACCAUUUACUGUAAAUACAGGGAUUCCGUUGGAUCAUCAAUUACAACAGCCACAUUGGCAAAUCAAUCAACUAAUGGAAAACAGUACUAAUUCAUCUUAUGAAGAUAUGGAAUUCAAUAUGGGUGAAGAAAAAUAUACUCGUACGUCUAGUACUAAUCUUCCAUACUUUACAAACAAGUCAAAAAUUUUCAAUGUAAUAAGAAAUAAACAUAAUAACCUACAAAACUUUAAAAAUUCGACUCAGUCAAAUAAUACUCGUUUAUCAAACGAAAGUAAUAUAAUAACAUCUACAAUUCAAAUUCAAGACAAAAAACCGCUCAUUGUUGACGUAGAGGAGAAAUCCACUCUUCCGACAUUUACAAUAAAGACGGAACCGGACAUAUUGAAUAAUUCUUCUAGUGAAAUAAUUGAUUUAUCACCACCUCCACCAUCCAUGAAUUAUAACUUUAAGCCAUCGGUUACUGAUGAGAUAAUGGGAAUGAGUCCACCUCCACCAAGAAACCCAUUACAAAGAAUUCCUUCCAGGGCACCUCAAACCCCAAGACCAAUUUUACCAAUACGAACUCCAGCUCCACAUAGGCCUGUGCCUCCAAAGACGUUACCGCCUAGGCAGUCAACACAACGACCUCUGAGGAAGCCAAUUAGAGAUGAAGUUUCAACAUACAGGCCAACUUACGACAUUGUUAACAAGGUUAAAAGGCCCAGUUAUAACGUGGAUCAACCAUCUUCACAUUUACUUCCCCCUCCAAGAGAACUUCCUACAAAAGUACUAUUAAUACAAAAUAAUCCCAAGCCAACAAGUACAGUUUCUUCUGUAGUUGACGGAAACGUAGAAAAAGUUAUUUUCCCAACACUAGUUUCUUCAAGUUGGCUCACUUCAUCAAACUUCGACUUUUCGUCAAGCUUUAACUUUGGACCAACACCUGUAUUUUUCCCAGAUAGUGUGCCUACCUCAGUUUCUGAAGAUUCCAAUAAAGUAUUGGAGUCUUCAUCUGAAUAUUCAAAUGAAUAUGAAACAUCAAGCGAGACAGUAGACUAUAGUGACGAAAAACCUAUUAAACAAGACACAAUUCCAAAACAGGGUAACAAAACAAAAGAGGAAGACACUCAAUUUUCUAAUGAAAACACCGAGUCUAGUAAGGAAGAGAGUAGUAAGGAAGAUAUAAACAAAGAUAAAAUGAAAGUGAUUCCUAUUGGAAACAAAAAUCGUACACGCAAACCUUAUCCAGUGCGCAACGAUGAUAAGAAACUUAAUACUAAUAAAUUUAAGCUUCCGUCUAAAUCUGCACCUGUAAUUAGACCUACUCGAACGUUGUAUCGACCGGAAUUUGCACAUUCAACCAGAUCAACUUCAAUCAAAAAAAUUGCACGACCGCUUCCUUCAAGACCACUAGCGGUAUUCCCUACAAGUAUUAUAGAAAGUUCUGAAUCUUCUAUUGACGAAGAAUAUAUUAAGCCUACUGAAGUUCUCAAAGAAGUUGAAGUGUCAAAAAUUGCGUCAGAAUUACCAACUGUUAUUGAAAAGACGGUCACAACGACCUUUACUAUAAGUAAAGAUCCAAUUGAGUCAAACGUACAUAAAACUCAUCACGGUGGAAAUGAAAUAAAGAUAUCAGAUGAAAUUAUUCCAACAAAGACGGAAUUCAAAACAACCAUUAUCACUCUUACAAAAACGUUAUCAGAACCUCCUCAAAUAAUUUCAAGUAUCGGUUACGUAAAUUUAACUCACACGUUGACCGUAACUCAUACGGAAACUAGUCUAGUCAGUCAAUCUGAAGGGGCCAUCACAGAAACAUUGAUAUUGACCAAUACACAAACGUCUACAAUAGUCGACGUCGUGACUGAGGUGUACACAGAAGUGCAACCAACUACCAUUGUUGAAACUGUUACUAAACACAUUCCUAUUGUUCAAAUAGAAUCAACACCGGUUAUCGAGUCUACGUUACCUACAAAUAUAGCCCUGGACGACAUUACUAUGUCGUCAGAAGAAAAAGAAAACUUUAUUAUAAGAGAUAAUGAUGUUACUGAAAAUAUUCAAAAGAUUGAAACAGAAGAAGACAAAGAUAAUGAUACAUUCUUUGUCGUUGUGAAUAAGUCACAAAACGGUGGCAAAUCCCCACCCAUUCACACAGACAUUGAGACUGGUGAUUAUGAUGGUAUUACUAGAACUGAGCAAGUUAACAACAAUGGAGUGUCACAAGUAUUAUUUGGAGAAAUAUUACUAGCUGGCACGCCAUAUUUAGAAACUACUAAUGUUGGACACCCCACUGGCACUGGAUAUGGAAAGGAAUGUCAACCAGACUGUAAGGCUUCAAGAAACGAACGAUGUCAAAGAAUAGACGGCAUUAUGAAAUGUGUAUGCAGACCCGGUUUUGCUAGAAUGUUCCCAGACAGGCCUUGUAAACCUACUUACACAUAUUCAGUAAGACUAGCUUUGGGAUCACAAGGAAAUGAACGUUUGAGGUUCCACACAAGCUUAUCUGAUAACUCAAGCAAGGAAUACCAUAAUUUAGCGGUCGCUACUCACGAAGGUAUCAAUAGGAUGGUGAUGCAGUCUGAUCUGCGUGAUGUUUAUCAUGGUGUUCAUAUAACUGGAUUCCACCCAAUCGAAAUGAAGACUUCCCAAGGGGAACGCUAUCAGGGCGUUAUUAAUGACUUCUAUGUACAGCUGUCAGAUAACGCUCACGAGAGUCGCCUCAAAGAAGUUAUAGAAAAAUAUCUCCGGAACAAUAAUUACAGCCUUGGUGGCACAGAAGUACACGCAGCCGAAGAGUUUAUAGACAGAUUAAAUGUUACCGAUUUUGAUGAGUGUACCAGCACACAGUUCCAUGACUGUUCAGAACACGCUCGUUGUUUCAACCUCCGUGGUACUUACACUUGCAGCUGCUUAGAAGGAUUUGCAGAUCUCAGUGUUAAUACUCUGUAUCCAGGGCGAAUAUGUUCCUCUGAUGCAGUUGGCUGCUCUACCUGCAACUAUCACGGUACCUGUUUCGAACGAGAAAAUGCUAUGAUUUGCGAAUGCUUUAAAUGGUAUGCUGGAAGGACUUGUCAAGUUAAUCUUAAAGCGGUAUUAAUAACAGUGACGGUAAUUGGAUUGGUGAUAAUUGCUGCGGUGACCAUAUGGGCGUCGAAGAGAUGUUGCUGUCAGAAAGGACCUACCACACAAACUUUUGUCAUCGGUUGCAUGCAAGGAAUGCCUACCUUACAUCAGGGUAACUUACCUUCAAAGCAAAGAGCGGACAGGCGUGCAUUAAUAACAGAAAGAAUCGAGACAGCUGAAACUUGUAGCGUGCAAAACACUUCUUUGCCUUACAUACCUGCUAAGUCGCGCUCCCGCUCGUGCAGCCGCCACGUGGCAUCGCCGCCGCCCGCGCACGCGCCGCCGCCGCCGCCCGCGCCCGCGCUCAUGAUCCCUCGAGCUCGACUGCACCCACUGCACUCAGACAGUCGCGAUAAUUUGUCGAGAAAGAAGAGUUCAGAAAUAUGUAGCGAAGCGAAGUUGAUAAGUUAUUUGGAGUCCGGAGCCAUUAACACUACAGAAGAAAUGCGGAGAAAGCAUAGCGUGGAAUCAUCAUAUAGCGUUAACAAGGAGAGAUCCAACAAACAAGGAGCAUUAGUAUCAGCGGGUUUCAAAGUAUCAACCACAGUUCGUCCCGAAGAAUCUGUGAAGGAAGACAGAGAUGAUGCGUCAUCUAUUAACAAGACCGACUUAGAAGCGGAGAUGUCACGCUUCGACACGCUGAGGAAGACUUACAGUCAAGAGGACAUAUCAGAAUGGACAGAUGCUGAAAGACGGAUCGGUGAAUUGACGCUAUCAGAAGCUCGGUCGGUAGGUGGAACUCUACCUGCCAGUACAGGUAGAGCUGCUUCAUCCACACGACUAACACAUCAGGAGGCAAACACAAUGGCUGAACGCGAUCUCGGCUCCACUUUCCUUCUGCCCCACGUGCACCUCUAUAAACCUGAUCUUACUAGCGACGUAUCGGAAUUCGAUUCCCUGUGA